CCUUUCCACUCAUUCUAUGCGACGCCUAUUACGAGCCGCAAUGUCGCCUGUUGCUCUCUACUCCGGUGUGAGAGACUGAACGGCAUUGUGGGACGGAGGCGGAUUUGCAGCCGUUUCCGGAUCCCCUGGUCUGUACUGGGAAAAGUGAGAAUAUAAGGGAGGAGAAGAGAAGUCUGUGAUUUGUAUUUUUGUCAGACGUUUACACUGAGAAACUGCUUUAUCCUGGUCAGGGUUGCUGUAGACCCAGAGCCUAUCCUGGGAAAACUGGGUGCGAGGUGGAAGCACACCCUGGAUGGGACUCCAGUCCAUCGCAGGAUUUACUCUUUAGAUUUUUGCCGAGUAGCUGCCAGCAUGUCACAGUCUGGAGAAAAAGGCAAGUUCCCUGAGGCUGCCGGGUAUGUGGGCUUUGCUAACCUCCCUAACCAGGUACAUAGGAAGUCUGUGAAGAAAGGCUUUGAGUUUACACUGAUGGUAGUAGGAGAGUCUGGACUGGGUAAAUCUACGCUCAUCAACAGCCUGUUUCUCACUGACCUCUAUCCAGAACGCUACAUACCUGGAGCAGCAGAGAAGAUUGAGCGGACAGUGCAGAUCGAGGCCUCGACGGUGGAGAUUGAGGAGAGGGGGGUGAAGCUCCGGCUCACCGUGGUGGACACUCCUGGAUAUGGAGAUGCCAUCAACAGUCAGGACUGUUUUAAGACUAUCAUCCAGUACAUUGACAAUCAGUUUGAGCGCUACCUGCAUGAUGAAAGUGGCCUGAAUCGCAGACACAUUGUGGACAACAGAGUUCACUGCUGCUUCUAUUUCAUAUCUCCAUUUGGACACGGACUGAAGCCAUUGGAUGUUGAAUUCAUGAAAGCCAUACACAGCAAAGUGAACAUCGUCCCGGUCAUCGCAAAAGCCGACACUCUGACACUCCGAGAGAGGGACCGCUUGAAGCGAAGGAUUCUGGAUGAGAUCAGUGAGCAUGGCAUCCGCAUCUACCAGCUCCCUGAUGCAGACUCAGAUGAGGAUGAGGAGUUCAAAGAGCAGACCCGUGUCCUAAAGGCCAGCAUUCCUUUCGCUGUGAUCGGCUCUAACCAGCUGAUUGAGGUGAAGGGGAAGAAGAUUCGAGGGCGUCUGUACCCUUGGGGUGUGGUGGAGGUGGAGAACCCUGAACACAAUGAUUUCCUCAAGCUGCGCACCAUGCUAGUGACCCAUAUGCAGGACCUACAGGAAGUGACUCAGGACCUACACUAUGAGAACUUCCGCUCAGAGAGACUGAAGCGAGCCGGCAGGUCAGUGGAGGAUGAAGUGCUGGACAAAGAUCAGAUCUUAAUGGAAAAGGAGGCUGAGCUGAGACGCAUGCAGCAGAUGAUUGCUCAAAUGCAGGCUCAAAUGAAGAUGAAGCCUGGAGACGACUGAAAAAGAUAAUGUUUUAUGUGUAUGUUUGUUGCAAAGCAACAGAAAGCCGGAGAUCCUCUACAUUACUGGCUUCAUCAUUUCAAUCUCUGUAUCUACUAUCAUUCUGGGCACUUCAAAACUCUACUACGGUUCAUUAUUCUUUUACAAUAUAUAGCUGUGUGUCACAAAUAGGAUUAUUUCAGCAUAUCACUGCAUUUGCCCAAUUUAUUCACAGAGACCCGAUCUGACUGUUAACUAAAUAUUAUUUAAUCUUAUUCAGUAUCUUAUUAAUAUACCACCAUGUUAAUUAUUUUUCAUUUGCAUGGAUCCAUGUUACACUGCAAAUAAUUUAUCAUGGCUGAAGCAUUAUUAUUUUUUAUAGCAGUGGUAUGUAUAACUGUAAAAUGCUUCAGGUUCAGUAGUUUGUCUUGUUUUUCCACACUGUCUCUUUCCACACUGUCUUUCUCCUUCUGCUGGCAGGAAGCAAUUCACACUGUACCAGUCACCUCUCACAUUUCUCGUGCUUAUAUAUGCCCCGCUGUGUGCCUGCACUACACAGACAGAGGUUAAUGGGAACCAAGGUUAUUUGACCUCACUCUCUGUUAUCUGUAGUACAAAUACAUUAACCAACAAAGGAAUUUCCUAGUUAUUCCAAUUCCAAAUUACAUGAAAAUUUCUAGCCUUGUUAACAACAAGAGCCAUAUGGUCUCAGCAGUUUUUUAUUCGUGGAUGUCUAAGUGUACGAAUUAAAGUGCCUUAGUUUCUGUGCCUUGGUGAAAUCUCAGUUGUAGUGUAGCUGAUUCGUUACUGCAUGAGAGAAUACUAUGAGCUGUUAGUGUUUCAGUACGUGCUUCAUCAGGUUUAUGCAUUGAUUGCCACUAGGGGGCAGCAGCCCCCAGUAAAAACCAGGACAAUAUUUCAAAGGGAGUCUGUUUUUCAGUCCUCUUGGACUCUGGAAAAGAUUAUCAGUUAUUUUGCCCAGUAUGGAAAUUGAUUGUUUAUCACAGUUAUUAAUUCAGUUUAGGAGCAAAUGUUGAAUUUUAGAUUUUGAAAUACAAAAAAUGUUCACUUUGUACAUUGAGCCUAUGUCCUUUUUUUAAUAUUUACAGAGUGUUGAUCUUUUAAAUGCCAAAUAUAAACAUAAUUGUAUGCUAAAAAUAAAUUAAUAAAUAAACACAUGCAUGCAUACAUAUAUAACACAAGUGUGUAUAGAAACACCACAGUAUGCAACCAAAUAGACAGUUAAAACAUAAAUGUUUUAAGGAGGUCGUGAUUUAAUGCAUGAUUAAUAUCUGAUGUUAACAGUUACUUUAGUUCCACUCACCAGGAUCACAGUCUAUUAUGUUGAAUUGAUAGGAAGUGAUAAAUUGUAAUCAUUAAUUAUGUAACUUCUAAUUCUUUGACCUUAUUUCACUCAGAUUUAUUAUUAGCGCAGUUCUUCAGUUGGAUUUUGGACAAGUAUAAAUGACUGGAAGUAUCACGGUUUUGAUGUUUUAGAUGAAAUAACACUUCAGGUGAUGAUAUUGACUGGAAAUGUUUAGGUUGUGUAUUAAACAAAAGUGUUACACACUCCUCCAUUUUUGAAGCCUCUUUUCAUACCUUAAAAAAACUUUAAAAUCUUUCCAAUGUGUAUCCUGAGGUCAUUUUUCCUAAACAAAGGGUCCUGCCCUUUAUGUCACUGUAUUCAUUAGUGAUUAUAUAAACAAUCUGCUGAUAUUUUGUAAAUGUUGUGACCCAGCCUUAAUUACUCAUUUGGCUUAGUGAGUUCCUGUUUACACAAUGUUAAUGAAUAAUGUUUGUUUGAUUUUUGAGUUUUUGCAUGUUCACGGUACAGUUCACUACCCUGUAAAAUGCUGUUUUUUUUUUGUACUCACUUUGAGCAAUAAAUGUUCAGAAGUUCUCAGAGA